AAGCCUUUAGUCAGUCACUCAGUGCAGCAUUACAUCAUCCGUUCCCACACCGAGUGAGGGCAAAAAUAGGGCAUUGUAAUAUUUAAGCGGCACCGCGACAGCCGACGCCCUCCGAGCUCUGCAUGAAGGAUGGUAGAGCGGACACGGUGCUCUUUGCGGGGGAUGAUGGCGUUUCCGUGAGCACAGCGGAGAGGAGAGGAGGAGGAGGGGAGGGGAGGGGACGGGGAAAGGAGGAUAGACGUCAGCAUCUGUGCGCCAGCUCCUUUGUGUUCAUCGCAGAAUGUGAAUGGCGAAAGAUGACAUGGCAGAGGUCGAUCUAGCAUCAAACGGAGCAGAACCCCCCCUGCCGCCCCCCUCGGCGUUCCCCUACGAGGAAUACGAAUGCAAAAUCUGCUACAAUUACUUCGACCUUGAUCGCCGGGCGCCAAAGAUUUUGGAGUGCCUGCACACGUUUUGCGAGGAGUGCCUCAACACUCUCCAUCUCCGGGAGGAGCGGCCAUGGCGCGUCAGCUGCCCCGUGUGUCGCCAUCGGACGCCGGUGCCGGAUUAUCGGAUCCAGAACCUUCCCAACAACACCAAGGUGACGGAGGAUUUCCCGCUCUACAUCGACUCCGACCCCCUGCCCCAGGACGCUUUGCCGCCGUACCCUCCCCCGCUGCACCCGGCUCUCGUCGCUCUCCGCCGAGAGGAGGCAUCGGGAGCGUCCGGCGGCAGCCACAACCAAACGACCCCGUCCACAACCGUGUCCACCGCCACGACCAUUUCCCAAGACUCGGUGCGCUAUGACAGCUGUCAAAGCUGCAAGAGGGUGGCUUUAACCACCGGCUGCGUGUGCGUAAUCUUCUCCUUCCUGUCCAUGCUGGUGCUGCUGUUCUUGGGCCUGAUCUUUGUCAACAGUCACGGCAUCCCCCCCCUCCCGGCGGGACCCAUUUGCUUAUCGGUGGCCAGCAUUCUGGCCAUGUUCUCCGUGGUGGUCACGUGGCUCAUGUGCUGGCUCAAAUACAGACCGGACCAUGAGACAGGCCGCUCAUCUACCACCGGUAACUCUCGGAGAAACGCCUGACUUGCUUUUGACUGUUCAUGUGAGCUUGUGUGGCUUUGUUGUCACGUACAGACUGACAUUCCCUUUUGCCCCUUUACCUUUUUUUUAAAUCAUCCUAAAUGGCCUUCUAGCAGUGUAGGAAAUACCCAUUUGGCUAUCCUGAUCCUGAAUGAUCUUUUCCCACAUCUUGGAAUGACAGUGUGACUUUAUUUGUAUGUAUUUGGACCACUACUCGCGGCUUCAACAUAUAUGGUUGAUUUGGCGACUGAAUGUGUGGUUCUUCUGUCCACCCAAACAUCACAAGCCUGUUAUAUAAUAUCAGAUGUUCACCCUACUUACUGUGUGAUAACUGCCCAUUGCAAACAAGUCAGAUAUUGGUUGGCUGUUAUGAGCUCUUUAUAAACACUUUUCACCCCCUCCAGCUUUAGUAAUUGUUGCUGCAGGAUGCCACUGCCCGCCCCCCACCUGCAAGGUUUCCUAUUUUCGAUAAAGCUUACUCAAUGAUCAAUUUUUUUUACACUCUACGUUAGUAUGUGCACAAUAGACUACUGAAAUGUCAAGACCGUGCUUUGUGAUGUAGCUUUUUUAAUAGGAGGGAUGUGUCUGUCCCUGACUCUUGUGCCUCACCUUGUUGCUCAGUGAAGCAACCUUGACUCCAAUCAUCGUGAUGUGCAGCCCCACUGCAACAAAGCAUCCACUGGGAUCGUUCGUAGAUAUUUCAGCAUUUAUACAUUGCAGCUUUAAAAUGUUUGCAACGUGAUGUUGCUUCAAUCUUAUUUAUUUCUUGUUUUUAAAAAUUUUUUUAGCCACCUUCAUUUUUAACCCUUUCAGGGACAGUGGUUACUACAGUGCACAGCCUAUCAUGUUAUCAGGUUCCAGGUUAUCAUUAUUGGCGCAUGAAAGGGUUAACAUGCCUCAAGUUCAUUCUGCUAGGCCAAACAUUACAAACAUGUCAUGACAAUUUGACGCAAAUUUACAUGUCCUGGGAUUGUCUGUCAUGAAUUGGACAGAGAUCUGUUUUAAAUUGUUGCUAUUACACAAUCAGUUAGAUGUAAUGUGAUACUCAAAAGCCAGGUAUUGCAUUUGAGGAUGAGGCACUGAAUAGUCAACGAGUUCCUUGCACUUAAGAGAUGGAAUACAUGUAGUGUAAUUCUAUGCUGAACACAUGACUAUCGACACGAAAACAUUUUAAUGUGGAACUUGUUACCUCGCCCCCAAAUCCUAAACUUCUGAAAUUCGUAUGGGACACAUAAGAAUCAAACUGAGCCCCGCUACAACUCCACACCCAACAUUGACUUCAAUUGUUCAACCUACCUUCUCCCAACACUUACUAUGAAGCACUUUCCCCCCGUUUUUUUCUACAAGCAAUGGGGUACAUUUUCGAAAGUUAGUAUAUUUCAUUUAUUUCCGAGGACCUAGAAGUUAUUGAUGGCUUUUCUGAGAAUAUGUCGUUGUUAAAGUACCAACAUUUGCACAGAGAAAUGCUCUUUAUGUUUUGUUUUGCAAACAUGAAUAUGAAUUUCAGGAAUAAAGCAAAGAUAAAUACGGA